CUCCCUCCGCUCCGUGGCAGGGAGUUCGGACGGGACCGGAGCUGGAUCCCGGACCGCCGCAGACCCGUGCUCCCAGCCAGAGCGUCUCUGCGGUUCGGAGCCGAGGACCCGCCUGGAGGAAUGAGCUGCUACACGGUGACCCUACCGGGCCCCGGGCCCUGGGGCUUCAGGCUGCAGGGGGGCAAGGACUUCAACAUGCCGCUGACCGUCUCCAGGAUCACGCCGGGCAGCAAGGCGGCGCAGGGGAACCUGAUCCAGGGCGACGUCAUCGUGGCCAUCGACGGCGUCAGCACCGAGGGGAUGACCCACCUGGAGGCCCAGAACAAGAUCAAGAUGGCGCACCACAGCCUGGCGCUCACCAUGACCAAGUCGAAGCGUCCCGUUCCCAUGGCGCUGCCCAGAAUGGACGCCAUGAUUCCCAUGAUCCCUCACCAGCAGGUUUUCUGCCCCGCUCCUCCCAAUGCCGGCUUCAGCCCCGGCGUGCUGAAGGACUCGGGCCUGUCGGCCCAGAAGACCAUCGAGGUGACGGGUCCAGGCGGGAAGGCCACCAUCAUCCACGCCCAGUACAACACGCCCAUCAGCCUGUACUCACAGGACGCCAUCAUGGACACCAUCGCCGGCCAAUCGCAGACCAAGGGACACGAUGCUGGCCAGUACGGGAUGGCCCCGCCCACGCACCAGGCUCCACCCCCUCAGCAGUACCAGCCAAUGCCGCAGCAGUUCCAGUCGAUGCCCCCGCUCUACCAGCAGCCCCCCCCACUCCAAGCCCCGCCCACCCAGCAGAGCUCCAUCCAGAUCCCCGUUGGCUCCGCCCCCCCGAAGGUGGUCAGCACGGCCUGCAUCUUCCCCUCCCAGCCAGCUCCAGUCCCGCCCCAGCCCCGCCCUGCAGCAGCCGUGCCGGCCCCGCCCCCUGCCGCUCCUCCUCCGGGUUCCUCCACCGCCAACCGACCGCCCUGGGUGACCGACACCAACUUCGCCGAUAAGUUCGACCCUGGAAAGACCACCUCCUCCUCCGUGAAGGUCCAACCGCUUCCUCAGGCGGCCCCGCCCCCGCCGGCGUACAUCCCUAACCCGUCCCCCGCCGGGCCGCCCGCUCCCAGCCCCGCCCCUGUCACACCGAGCCCCGCCCCUUUCCUUCCUGUGGCAAGGGGCGUGGCUCAAAGAGCAGAGAGGUUCGCCGCCAGCAGCCGCACGCCUCUGUGUUCAGCGUGCAACAGCGUCAUUAGGGGCCCCUUCCUGGUGGCCCUCGGCCGGUCCUGGCACCCCGAGGAGUUCAACUGCCACUACUGCCACGUCUCCCUGGCCGACGUCAGCUUCGUGGAGGAGCAGAACAACGUCUACUGUGAGAACUGCUACGAGGAGUUCUUCGCUCCAACCUGCGCCCGCUGCAACACCAAGAUCAUGGGGGAAGUGAUGCACGCCCUGCGACAGACGUGGCACACCACCUGCUUCGUGUGCGCUGCCUGCGGGAAACCGUUUGGAAACAGCCUGUUCCACAUGGAGGACGGGGAGCCGUACUGCGAGAAAGAUUACGUCGCUCUGUUCAGCACCAAGUGUCACGGCUGCGACUUCCCGGUGGAGGCUGGAGAUAAGUUCAUCGAGGCUCUGGGACACACCUGGCACGACACCUGUUUCGUGUGCGCGGUGUGCCACAUGAACCUGGAGGGUCAACCCUUCUACUCCAAGAAGGACAAGCCUCUGUGCAAGAAGCACGCCCACGCCAUCAACGUGUAGAGCUGAGCUGACCGAGCAGCCGCCGUGCUAACCGCCUGCUAUUGAUGAUGAUGAUGAUGAUUCUGCUUCCAGACAGGAAGUCCUGCUGCUGCAGGUGACCGGGGGUCAGGUCAGAGACAGCCGGCUCCAUGCUGCGCCUGCAGGGCAACAUAAUCCCUCAAGUUACAGACGAUGGGUUGAUGCUGGAAAACAAAUUAUUUUUAACGUCACUUUUAGUUGUUUAAUAAAGUUUGAUGUUUUAACACAAAGUUUUAGAUUUUAAAUCUGUGCCAUCUUAUUUAUUCUAGACAGAAAUCAUAAUUUUCUGUUUUUAUUUUUUAAUCAACCUGCAGAAGUGCCUGUUUGACUUUAUGACUUUUAUUACGUAUAAAGAAGCUUUCAGCUCAACAAGAGGAGUUUGGUUCUGGUUCUGGUUCUGGUUCUGGUUCUGGUGCCGAUCACUGACUGAACAGCAUCAGAUCCAGAAACUCUCCGCUGUGAAGCUUUUCUGUCUGCAGCAGCUUCAUCUCAGACCCAACAGGACAAACAUCCAGGAAACGAUAAGGAGGCGUUUCCUGGACCUGCAGGGGGCGCUGCUGCAGACUGAGCUGAUGGCGCCGAUCCGCCUCCGUCUUUAACUGAAACCUUUUCUAUUUAUUGAUCGCUGAGUGUAUUCUGAAGUGUUUAUUUUAGAUUUUUUCUAUCUGAAAUGUAAACGUAUCUGAGCUGCUGCAGAUCAGACGCUCGGGUGUAAUGGGUCCGUUCAUACUGCAGAACUUCAGAACCACUUCCUCUGGAUUACAAGAGGCUGCAGCUUCAGGUAAAUUACACAUAAACAGAAAUAAUCCAGACAGCAGUGAGUGUAGAGACAAUCAUCUCUCCACUAUCUGCUGUAGUUAGAGGAGCGGUAAAUCUGAAAGUUUGAUCAGAAUCUGGAUCAGAAACCAGAUUCUAAUCCAGAAAAUUCAAGGUUGGAACUGAGAUUAUUUUGGACCACAGAAACCACGCUGCUAACUAUAAAUACUGUUUUAGCGUCUCCUGGUGGCUAGUAGAAGAAUUGCAAUUAGAUCUAUCUUUAACCUCCAUCUCUGCUGCUUCUUUUAGUUAAUAAGCACCAGCAGGUAUCUUUUAAUAUCCAGACCUCUGCUGUCAACCAGAAAGAACAUCGUCCAACAGGACAGAAUCAUCUGCAUAGAGGCGAAUAUUAAAUAUCAAAUGCUAUGUUUGCUAAACCGCCGCUGCGUUGGCUGAGUAGCUGUUCAGAAAACAGAAACCUGCUGCCAGAGACCUGAGGUGAAUAUUUCAGGUGGUCUGCAUUAUAUCCUGGGAUGUAAUUCAGCUACACAACAAUUUUAAACAAUGUUUGAAAGUUAUUUUGACUUUAAUUCUCGUUGUAUAUUUGUAACAACUGGUUUGUGUUUUCUGAUCGGACUCUGUAAUUUGGUUUAACGUUCUCACAGAAAUCAUGAAAGCUGUUAGUUAACAAGGUUUUUGCUAAUUAUUGGGCUAAAAUGCUUUUUAUUUAUGGAUUUAUACUCAUAAACGUUUUUAUAGCAGCCUCUACUGGCCGCUGAAGAAACUGCAGCCACACCAAGCCAAGAAAAAAAAAAAACGUAACUAAAGUCAGAUCAUAAUUUAAAUUUGUAUUAUUUAUGGAGCAAAACAAAACCAGAAUGAUUUCUGAUCAGUGUUUGUUUAGGCCAUGCGAACAGAUUAUUAUAAAACCCGGCAGCAGUACCUUCAGCGACCACAGGUGUCGCCAAAACCCACCUGAAAAAACGUGAGACGAGUCAGUUCAGUACGACGGAGUGUGAGGGCCAGAAUACAAUUUUUUAACUUGCAGAGAUAACUCAUAAUAUUACCAGAAGAAAGUCGUAAAAUUAUGAGAAAAUGUUUAAAUUGGAGCAAAGUUUGGGCAGAGUAGUGAAGAUUUGAUGUGACCCUCUCAGCCAGUCUGUGAUUCUUUUUCCUAAAUAGAUUAAAUGAUUCAAAGUCCUGAUAAUAAAUGUUAAAAUAUUAUUUCCUUAUUUGUCAAAUGGAUACCAAAGCAUAACUUCAUAACAUGCUGAACAUUCCUCAUGUUAACGCAGCGCUAAGACUGACUUUACAUGUCAGUCCUCAGAAAAUUAUGACUUUAUUCUGAUAAUAUUAUGACGUCAUUCUGGUGUUAUUACAACCUUAUGGUUGUUCGACCUUUUUCUUGUAAUAUGACUAAUUUCAUAUUAUUAAUUUUUUUUCUGGUAUUAGUCGUUUAUACAACUUUUUUCUGCUAAUAUGAGUUUAUUCUUAUAUUAUUGUGAAUUUAUUUUUGCGAUAUUGCAACAUUCUUGUAAUAUUAUGAUUCUAUUCUGGUGUUUUUAGACUAUUCUUGUAUUAUUACAACUUUAUUGUGAAAAUAUGACAUUAUUCUUGUAUUGUUUAAACUUUAUUGUAGGACUUUUUUGUUGUGAUAUUCUGACUUUAUUUUCAAAUUAUUUUGACUAUUGUCAUAUACUUUCUUUCUCAUUAUUAUUACGACUUAUUUUGAUAAUAUUUUGACUUUAUUCUCGUAUUAUUACAACCUUUUUCUUGUAAAAUUCUCUUUGUUCUCAUAACAACAUUCUCCCAUUUUUAGGUUCUUUCUAUCUUCUGUCUGGUUGUAGCGCCUCUAGUGGUGAUUUAAGGAACUAAAACAGUCUGAAGUUCUGCAGUGUGAACUCUGUUUCACUGAAUGUUUGAUUCUUUUUUAAAGAUUAUUUUAGAGUUUCUGUGCGUAGAUCCGAGUCGUUCAGAGUGAGUCUUUGUGCCUUUUCUCCUCAGCAGCUCUGUUCGUGUCGGACUCGGUUUUUUCUCCGCCUCGUUCGGAGCGACUGGUACAUGAUCUGUGUUGAGUUUUUACUCCGUCUCGUCCUUUUAUACGGUUUGUUUUCAGGGUGAAUGCAGUGUGCAUGCAGAGCAGCGUGUGGCAGCAUGUCGGUGUUAGUUUAGACAGAGAGAGAAGUGCUAACCGCACCGUUUGAAUUAAAGCUGCCUGGUCUCAUGUUAACAGGUGGAUAAAACGAAUAAAGAGAGCACCUCAAACACAA